AUGCGCUCCGCCUCGCCGCGGGGCUACGGGGCGUUGCCCUCCCACGCGGCCGCACCCUCUCCAUCGUCGGCGCCGUCCGCGGUCCACCGCGGGGCCGCCCUCGUCUCCAGCCUCCGUGAGCAGGGCAGGGCCCUAAUCGCGACCCAGCGCCCCUGGGGGCAGCUCCUCGACUCCGCCGCCCUCGCCCGCCCCUCCUCCGCCGGGGAAGCCAUAUCCCGCCUCCGCCGUAACCUCACCUACUUCCGCUCCAACUACGCCCUCUCCGUGCUCCUCGCCCUCGCCAUCGGCCUCAUCUGGCAGCCAGCCUCGUUGGCCGCCGCCCUCAUCCUCGCCGCCGCCUGGUUCUUCCUCUACCUCGCCCGCGACGGGCCGCUCGUCCUCUUCGACAGACGCUUCGACGAAGGCACCAUCCUCGGCGCCCUCUCCCUGGCCACCUUCUUUGCGCUCGUCUCCACGGAUCUCGGGUCGAACGUGUUCAAGUCAGUGGGGGUCGGCCUGCUGCUCGUCGGAAUGCACGCGGUCUUCAGGAUUACGGAUGACCUUUUCAUGGAUGAAAGCGAGGCCGUGAGCGGCGGACUGGUCGCCGGCUUGGGCGGUCCGGGGCGGCCGGCCUUCGUCGUCCGGGUGGUGUAA